CGCAGAUGCACGCCAUUCGCAAUCCACUGCAGAAGCUUAUAAGAACUCUUGCUUUCCUUUCUCGCUGUUGCGAUAAUUUUUCGUAAUUGAUUUCAUAAGCCGCCACUCCCUAGCUACAGGAAAAGUUUUCCAAAUUAAUCCGUUUCUAAAUUGAGGAAAUAAGUAUUGAUUAUGGAUAUAUUCGACGGUUGCCUGUGGUUUAUUACGAACAGUAAAUUGCAGUUUUUGGGUUGUUUGUUCACAAUACUUAAUUGCUUUUCUGCGACUUUCCGACCUAUCCGCAGGCUCUAUGAUUGGAUUAAAUCCUGACGGGAAAAUCCGUUGCACCGUUACCAUGGAAUGUGUCAUUGUAAAAAAAAAAAAAAAAAAAAAAAAAAAAAAAACCGCUUUCCUCCUUUCCCCCCCCCCGAGAUUUAAUCCCUUAUCUGUUUGUUACUUUGCUGCAGUUAUGCUCAUAUUUUUGUAUUUGUUUAUUCUUUUCUCCUCUCUUGAUAUGCUCUAUCUGUUACUUUGCAGUCCUAGAUAAGAAACCAGUUGUACGAAAUUAGCGUUUCCCAUUUCAUUAGGAAUAGAAAUAGGAAACAAUGCCAUUCCCUUUCACUCAGUCAAGUGAAAGUUUUAUUUUUGAGAAAUUUCAUGUAUUGCUCCCUGCCAGAAAUUAGGUAGUUAGGCCUUUCAGAAAUUUAAUUUAUUAAGUUGCCAGAAAAAUUAUAAGUUUGCUCGUGCGAAAUAUAAAAAGGAGCAAUCGAGGAAGCUGUGAUCCCUAAAGUAUACUCGUAAAAAAGGAAUUUAUAAGUUACAAUGCUGAAAAUGGGAUACUCUGCUCAGAUGUUUGUGAAUAUCCUUAAGAAUGCCUUUUUUUGCUUACCAAUAGUCAUUUAUUUAUACGUCCAAGCAAUCUUUCGUAAAAUGUUUUUUAGCCGUUUUAAGAAAAAUAUUGAUUUAACGGACAAAACUAUUCUGAUUACUGGAGCCGGUAGUGGUGUGGGGAGAUCCCUGGCUAUCGAAUUUUCGAAAUUUUCUACUUGUCUUGUACUGGUGGAUAUUAACAAGUCUUCCCUGUUGGAUACCGAGAAAUUGCUGAACCGCAUCUCUCGCGUUUUUGUGUACCAGUGCGAUGUUUCGAAGCGUGAGGAAGUCUACAAGAUGGCAAGAAUAGUCAAAGACGAAGUUGGAAAAGUAGAUAUACUAAUAAACAACGCAGGUAUUGUCAUCGGAAAACGUUUUCUAGAUCUGCCGGAUGAAGGAGUAGAAAAAACUUUUGCUGUCAACAUCCUGUCACAUUUUUGGAUGUGCAAGGCCUUUCUACCAGCUAUGGUGAUAGAUAACCAAGGCCAUAUUGUGUCAGUGGCCAGCUUCGUAGGUUUUGUUGGAUUAGCAAAACUGACAGAUUAUGUUGCAAGCAAAUUUGCUGCAGUUGGAUUCGCCGAGACUCUGAGUCUAGAGCUGUUUAAAGAAGGUCUGGAUGGCGUAAAAAUUACCACUGUUUGCCCAACUUUAAUAUCUUCUGGGCUUUUUAGUGGGACAAAAGAACCGUUAAACGUCUCAGUGACACCAGAAUACGUGGCACAAAAGAUUGUAUCAGCUGUCCAAAAAGGUAAAGAAGGUGUGAUCUGCGUUCCCGGGAUACUGAAGCUGAUAAUCAUUUUGAAGGCACUACUCCCCGAUUUCAUAUUUAAACGGCUGGCGAAAGAAUGUGGACUUCUACAUGUCAUGGACACUUUCCAGGGAAGGAUGAAUAUGACGGCAAAAACAUCACAUUAAAACAAAGUGAACACCAAGUCUUUGUUAUCAACCACGAUCAAAUAUAAAAAUAAUUCUUAAAUCCAGCUAUUUAUAGCAUGGUUUAAAAUUUAUACAGUUGAUCCUUGAACGGUGCAGUUUUGUAUUACGAAGUUUUACUUGCAUGUAAAGUCCCCCUCCUCACUAAAAUAUAUCAGAAAAUGUAAAGAAAAUAUUACUCUUCUUAUUGUAUAGUUUUGAGCCUGUAAUAACGGGUACAGACCACAUAAAAUCAAGCAAAAAAUUUAAUCUAAAUUUCUCUCAAUAUACAAAUGAUAUUUUAAAGAAAGCAAGUUGUGAUAUGCUAGUUGUACUGCCACUUUUCACUAAUUAUCACUUACAAACAUCUUUCAAAAUGGUUGUAAAAAUUCUCUCCUAAGACUCUGUAAGAUGAAUUAAUUGUUAUCAAAUUAUCGAAGUCCUGCCUAUUUGUAUACGAAACCAUGAAAAAUUUAUCGCUUAUUGUGAUCAAUAAUUCAGUUAAUGUUAUCAAAAUAUUUUAAUCUGAAGUAAAGAAGCCAAAUAAGAUAGAAUUAGAAUACAGAAAUUGUCAAAUGGCAUAGGAAUAUCGCCAAGUAAGUCACUAAGCAGCUUGAUUUCGAUUUAAGGCAAACAUUAACAAAAUAACUAAGACUGACUGGAAUAAACUGUGUAAUGCAGUGGAAUUCUAGAUAACAUUGCUUUUUUGCCACAAAAUAUUUCUUCAGUUGUUUUGAUGUCCAUUUUUACAAAUAUCCUGUUCAGAAAACACUCAUUUUAUUCUGUUUAAUGAUUUUUAUCAUGAAUUUUAGCAAAAGGCGUUAUGAUCUGAGGCUAAGGGAUAAAGUCUAACUGUUUACCUCUGUGACCAGCUCCAUUUACAGACUAUCAAUUAUUAAUGACUAUUAUCCCUAAUUAAAAAUGCUGUGAAACUAAGUUUUUGUGGUUAUAUUAAAUUAGUUACAUUCCACUGAUAUUUUUUUUAUCCUUAUUGUUAUCAAAAUAAUCAUGAACAAACCCAAUUACAUUAAGCAAUGCCUACUGUAUAUAAGAAUACUGUUUCUAUCUUUUUUUACUGCAUAAAAAUAUAAUAUAGGAGAUAAUAUUAAUAAAACAAAAUAUAUAUUAACUGAUUGUUAAUAUUUCUAGUCAACAGCAUGGUGCCAUAGUUCAGCUUCUCUAGAAUCAAAAGUUAUAUGUGGAUUUUCAUCAGUACUGGCUGCCACUGCUCCUAACCUCCAGUUGUUCAAGGGUUAACUGUACUUUAAAAUAUAUAUUUUUGUACAAGAAAAAAUGCAAAUAUUACAUUAAAUAUUGCAUAUUAUCUUGAAUGAGUAAAUGGAAAACAGUUGACUGAAAAGCAAUGAACGGUUGUAACUGGUUGAUAUGGUGAUAAUGAGAAAUGACUUAGAUUGGGGUAAAACUUUAUGGCUUCUAUGCUGGAUAUACUUUCACCUUAUCUUUUAACAUAAUAAUGUUAAAGUUAGUAUUGCAUAUUAUGUUUAAUUAAUGCAAAUUUUAAAAGGAAGUUCUAAAAAUUAAAAUUUUAUAAUUCCUUUUAGUUAAACAAAUUUUUUUUUUAGUUACAUGUAAGAGAUUCUUGAGUGAGCUUUUACAUAAAUUAUUCUAAUAAAUCCUCUGAACAAACAUUGAUAUUUCACUAUUUCCACCAAUACAAGAUAGAGAUUACUAUUAUUUAUAAACUAACAAUAAUCCUUAAAGAAUUGUGCUUAAUUUGAGUAGUAACUGCCUGACAUAACAAUGUGGGAAAAAAAAUGCAUGCAGACUUCAAUUAACAUUUAGAGCAGCGGUUCUUAACCAGGGAGGGAAUUCUCCCGGAAUGGAGUUUCAUGGUUUUGGGGUAGAAGGAGGUGGUCAAUCUUUAACUUUAUGAAUAUUAGAAACGUUUUUCAUCUUUAUCUAAAUCCAUUCCUAUCUCUCCUAAAUCAUUUUCCAUCUUCAUCUAUAAUCUAAAUCUAAAUAAAUGUAUAUACUGUGGUACUAAGAUAUAUGUCAUCAAUCUGUUACAGAUCUUUGGUCUUUAACCAACUAGAUGUACACCUGAUGAACUUUUUUAAUAAGAAAUAAAGGGAAAAUAAUUAAUCUGUUCUUAUAUUUAAAAAAAUCCUAUUGCUAUUAUUAUAAUACUGCUCAGUAUUAAAAUACAAAUAGAGAGGGUGAAAUUUACAGUACAAAGUGCAAAAUCCAGGUAUCCAAUAUUCAGAAUCCCUUCUCCCCAAAAAUAAAUAAAUUAAAGAAAAUUUUCCUUUACAAAGUCUAGGAAGAAAAUAUAGUAACAAAAGGAAGCAGGUGUGCCAUUAUGUGAUUUUUCAGUGGACUGAUUGAAAUUCCUGCAUGUCACUCUUAAACACCUGCUGGCUAGGGAAUAGCACAGUGGCCAGUAACAAUGCAUUGAUUAAUGUUGUAUUGAUAUUGGACAAGCUCACACUUUAGACCCUUGAGUGGUGAUAAGAGGGGGGAGACCAGGGCUACACAUUUUGCUGACUGCAGCAAUCUUUGCGGGUAAUAAAUUCUGCUGCCGAGCACUUUUCUUAAAUUUUAAAAAUUCAACCAUCCCUGAUUUUUGUUGGUUGGUGCUCCUAUAACUUCUAAAAGUGUUGCCACCCCUGAAUUCUUACAUCUGGUUGUAGCCACACCAGUUGCACCUGCUCUGAUGCUGUAAAGAGAGGGCUUAACAUUUUUCUACCUGACUUAAACAAUAAAUGAAAUCCCAGUGCUGUCAUGUCAUCUUACUAGAUUUAAACUUGCAAUCUAAAAUUUGGAAAUUUCCAAAAUUCAGAAUCACCACAGUCCUAAUGUUUGUGGAUCUUGGACUUUGUUCUGUGUACUGUAUAUAAAAGAAGAUUUAACAAAUUUAUUUAUUUCUUUUCUUUUAUCAGGUCCCUACUUGGACCUGUUUCAGAAUCACCAGAUCUAAUAUUUAUUAAAAAUCUAUCCAAAGAACUUAAUUUCUUCUUUCUGCUCAGGAUGUUUCAGAUAUGUAACAUUGUUUGGUCAUUCUAAACAAUACUGUUACAGCUUGUUUGAGCUUUGUUAAGAUGAUAAUUCUCUGUAAAAUUUUUAACAUCCAUUAGUUUAUCAAAGAUUUGGCAUCAGAUGUUACCAUAUAUUUAUUAUUGUGUUUUUAUGCAAAAUUAGUAUUAGCAUUUUCUCGAAAGAGGUAAACAAGGAUAGCAUGUACAGUCCUGUACCAUACAAACUAUCAAACUCGAGUGCCAUACAAAAAUUUUUACAUCUUAACAACAAGUAUACCAAGCAUACAAGAAGUACAUAAGUUGGGCUUAUUCUAAAUACCAUUCUAGGUAGGUAAAUUCUAUGUACCAUUGUAUAUAUUUUUCAGGUUUCGAAAAGAAGGAAGGGAUGGUGUUCUAGCACUGGUGAAAGGGGUGCAUAGGCCAAAACAAGUUGAGAACCACUGAUUUAGCGAUCUGUCAUUUUGUUCAAAUAAAUUUAUUUAAAAUAACUGAUUGCAAUUAUUAUAAGUAUUUUUGAAAUACUUCUCCUACAGUUUCAGUUGUAAAACCAACAUUCAAUGUACUUUUUUUUUUUUACCUAGCAAUAUUUUUAAUGCUUACUGAUACAAUUAUGAUACUGUUUCAUGUAUUUAAAAAACAAUUUCCAACAGAUUUUUUUUUUUUUUUUUUUUGUAAUGAUGUUUGGAAUUAUAUUCCUAAAAAAGUAUAUUUUUAAGCAAAAAACAAAGAUGUAUCAUAGUAACAUUUUUAUACACAGCCUAGGUUCUUAUGUUCAAAAUAUUCUCUUUAGAAAUACAUGUUGAAUUUCGUUACUAAUAUAUGCAUGGAGGUAUGUAAAGCACUUACUAAUCUUUCAUGAAGUUAAUGUAAUAAAAGGAAUCAAAUAUAAUUAUUUUUUUUUAUAUUACAGGCAUUAAAUACAAUAAGAAGUUCAUUUUGCUAUUGUAUAAAUAAUGUUAUUGAAGCAUACUAGUAGCAAACACUAUACAGCCAUCUUUUCUGCUAAAUAAAUAUUCAGUUUCAAAAGAAUAAUUGCAUGUACUAUAAACAAUGCAGCUUUGCUAUGUAAAUAUGCAGUUACUGAAUACAAUUAUGUAUUUUUUAUAAUUUUUAAUGUAAAUAAAAAUGUGUCAUACA